GCCAUGUGACUGCAACACCAAAACAGUCAUGGCCGUCAAAAAGCGCCAAAAGACUCUGUCGCAUGGCCGACCACCCAUCAGUAAACCGAAAGAGCGGAUGACCUCUGAGCGUUCCAGGACUAUCAUCCGCACUCAUCACCGACUGCAGAAGGAGCAUGCGGCAGCUUUGAAAAGGGGAGAUUUGAAGUUAGCAGAAGAGACUGCACGAGCUAUCGAGCGGAACGGGGGAAUAAAGACUUAUCAGGCUGCAAGCAAGCAAGGCCAGGCGAAGGACAGGGGAGGCGACUCCAGCAAGUUGUUAGUUGAAUGGCUGCAGCAAUCCAAGGUCUUGGAUCCGAAAGCACGAGAUCGGCGCAGUACUGGCAAUGCCAAACUCAGAUGUCUCGAGGUUGGAGCUUUGUCCACCAAAAAUGAGAUCUCCAAGUACUCAAGCGCCAUCGACAUGACCAGGAUCGAUUUGAACAGCCAAGGUCCAGGUAUCGAAAAACAAGAUUUCAUGGAGCGACCACUUCCUACAUGUGAUGACGAGCGCUUCGAUAUCAUUUCCCUAUCAUUGGUGCUCAACUACGUACCGGAUGCUGUUGGUCGAGGGGAAAUGUUGAAACGCAUCACAGAGUUCUUCAGAAAGAGCAGUGUGCCAACGGAGACCUCAGAAUCAUUCUUCCCAGCAUUGUUCUUCGUCCUACCGCUACCAUGUGUCGACAACUCGCGUUAUCUUGAUGAACAGCUACUCUUGCGAAUUAUGGGCGACUUGGGUUUCACGAUGAAGAUGAGCAAGAACACUUCCAAGUUGUGUUACUACCUGUUCACCCUAACGAACGAGCCGAGAGUCACAAGGGUCGAGAAGAAGAAGAUUAAAGACGGGCCAGGAAUGAACAAUUUCUGCAUCAUUGUGGAAUGAAUUUCCGGACGGCAAUAACAACAACGGAAUGAAAUUGGGCAUAUUUAGCGGUCGUCUAGAGAUGAGUUAUGAGUACAUUACAGCAAGCUCUCAAGAAGGAUCAGUAUACUCUCGAGCGCAAGAUAUUUGCCGGACUAUUUGUGGUCGACCAGACGAGAAUUGGAGACAAGCGUUGAAGCAUACGAUCAAGAUCGUUAGUGAAGGAACCGAGCUGCAUGAAGUG